AUGGAUGCGACGAAUCCCUCACAAGCAAUCGAAGCAAGGAAUGGUAAUAAGGAAAACAGGGUACCUGCAGAACAGCCUGCCGUGCAGCAAGGUGACGGAUGUGCAGAAGGAGAUAUUGAAACGAUUUUGUCUGAACUUAAUAGUGCAUAUCCAGAAAAACCACUCAUCUCUCCUGACCCGUCAGAAAAAAGAACGAAGCAGAACAUGGACAACGAAGCACCUGAGCAACAGCAGCAGCCAAGACCUCUAAUGCUGCUCCCGCCAGCAGUUACAGGGGUCAAGAAUGAACUAACUAAAACCAAGAAGAAAAACAAAAGACAACGGUUGGAAGAAGACGAGGAUGAUGCCAGCAAAGAGUCAGAGUGUGAUGCUGCCGAUGACGACAAUGGCACAAAACAUGAUGAUGAUCUCAUUCAUGCAGAGGGUGAUGACGCCGCAGGGGACAAUGGUGGCGCCGCAGAGGACAGCAACAAUGAUGGAAAACCAAGACAGAAGCGGACAAAGAGGAUAAAGACAAGUGGAAAAGAAUUGGCAGCAAGAACGGAUGAUGAACAUGAGGCAACAACAACUAAGGACAAAUGCGAAAUCAAGGCAGGAGCAGCAUUUGAUUAG